AUGGAUGGUUUAUCCAGCAUCUGCGCGGGCCUCGGGCUUUGGAUUGAAGAUGAGAAUGGGAAGCCCAUGCGCUACAGCAAAUCUGAGUAUUGUUCAGAUAACUUGAAGGAUUUACUUCGGUUUCUAAGGCGAGAUGAUCCGGAAAAGAGAGACGUGUUCAAGCAAAUCUGCAAAUGGAAGAUUGUGGGGGAAAAUUUGAUACCGAUAAUAGAGUAUUAUCAGGAAGAUCGCAGCUUAGUGUUAAAUUCAGUGAAGGUGUUGGUGUUUUUGACAAUGCCGAUUGAGCCUGCUUCCCUUGAUAUAUCACAACAAAUAGAGUAUCUGUGGGGAUUGAAGUCUGCUAUUACAUUCAGUGAUAUUAUUCCAGUGAUAGUGUCUCUCCUGGAAAGCCCAUUAGAAAAUCUCGAAAAUGAAUGUUUCACGGAGGAUGACUGGAAAUUGGUACAGCUGGUAAUUACUUUUUUUCGCAACGUCCUAGCUAUUCAAGAUGUAUCGAGCCACCAGAUAACUGGGGGAUUAGCCACUCAGUUCCUGUCUCUUAGGGACAGGUUUUUAGAACUAUUGUUCAAGGAGAAUGUCAUGGAUCUCAUAUUGGUGCUGUCACAACACUCUGGCAGUUCUCAUGACUAUUUACAUCAAGAUAACUUGCUCUUUCUGGAAAUUUUCUAUCACAUAUUUAAAGGUCAACAGCCAGAGUUAAUUGCUAAGGCAUAUUUGAAGGGCUCAAAGGUUGGAAAAGCUUCUGAAGAUGCAGUUACCAGUCUCCAAUCUAUUAUGAAAGAGGAACAAGAGAAAAGAAAGCGUUUGAAAUUUCACAGUCUCAGUUGUUAUUCACAGCUCAGUGGAACAUUUACCCGGUUCUCCUUGGAUGGUUCUAAAGCGCUUCUAAAAGGAAAUCCUUCAGCCGUUGGUAAUGUUUCAUUAAAAGCUCAUAAAAACGCUCGGGGUUCAUCGAAAAAGAAAGUUGGGGACAGUAUAGAACUGCCAUCAACGAAACCAGAAAUCCUGCAUUUACUUGCUGAUUUUAUUAGUCAGUUUUUGAUGGGGGGCUACAAUGUUCUGAUGCGGUCGAUCCUUGACGAUAUUGUGAAAGAACAUCAGGAAAUUCUUAGUAGUGAUGUUGUCAUAUUCUUUCAGGUGGCUCAAUUCGUCACAUCUUUCCAAUAUCACAAGUGUGUAGGUUCAAAGCCUAGCAUUGAAGUUGAAAAUGAGGCAUCUGCCACUCGCCAUGAUGAAACCACUAUUUUUAACGGCAGUAUAUGUGGACCAAUUGCUGAAACCCUGAAUGAACCAAUGUUUCUAUUGGUCAUUUCAAAAUGGCGGUUCGCAUUUGAAAGCCUAAGACAAACUAAUGACUAUAAGUUUCUCUCAGUAGCAGGGUCACUUGUGAAAACUAUGAUACGCAUGCUGGAUUUGGUACUAAAGCAAUCCCCGGAAGAUUCAAAGGAACCUCAGACAGCUCGUGUACUUUUGUACAAGUUAUUCUAUGAUCAAACUGAGGAAGGAAUGACACAGUUUCUCUUGAACCUAAUCAAGUCAUUCGAUGCUCAGAAGCAGUCCAAAAGUGAUCUUGCCAACUUGGUGGAAAGCAUGCAUGUGAUUCUGCGUCUAGUGGAGAACCUUCAAUCACGUGGCUCAUUGCGGGUCUCCAAGAAGUCGAGGAAGAAAAGGACAAAGAAGACAACAGAAAAGAAUGAAAAUGCUUGUGAACCAAGUGCGGUCAAUGUUGCCUCUCAGACAGAGAUUGGCAAUGCUACUUGUGAGGCGCCAGUUGAUGCCAACAUGUCGGGAUUUGAUACGUUACUUAAUCAGGACACCAAUAUAGAGGCUGAAUUAAGCACCCGGGAUUUCACUCAAGUUGAUCAACCAGUACUAAAACCUACUACUUGUGAGGCGCCAAUUGAUGCCAACAUGUCGGGAUUUGAUAUGUUACUUAAUCAGGACACCAACAUAGAGGCUGAAUUUAGCACCCGGGAUUUCACUCGAGUUGAUCAACCGGUACUAAAACCUACUAACUCGGAAAGCAACGAGUCUGAGGUGAAUGGAGGAAUUGUUGCCGAUAAUGAUGUUCUUCUCGAAACUGACGAUUCAUCUGGCGAUGACCAGCUGACAUUGACCAAUGAGGUUGACUUGAAUGCGUCCUCUCUGGUUUCAGCUCUCGCUAACAACAGUAUCAUUGAGAAUUUGUGUUGGUUGCUGAAGUUCUACAAGACCAAUUCCAUCACGACUAAUCAUUACAUCAUAAGCAUGCUUCGUCGGAUUUGUGAUGAUCUUGAACUGUCCCCAAUGCUAUACCAGUUAUCACUCCUUACGAUAUUCUAUGAUAUCCUGGAGGAGCAGCAAUUGAGACCGUCCAAAGUACACGAGAAUAUUGUUACUUUCUUGACAACUUUGGUCCGGAGGAUGUUGCGUAAAAUGAAGGACUGUCCCCUUCUAUUUGUCGAGGUUCUGUUCUGGAAGACACGAAAAGAGUGCCACUAUAUAAAUUGUGGAGCCAUGAUAAAGGAGCUCAAAGGAAUCAGAAAAAACAAUGGUGAAGGCAGGAGUGAAAACGAAGGAGAUAGUUUAUUUGAAGGGCAAAAAUGGGCCCGAAGGAGUAUAGCAGAUGCCUUGGGUGAUGAUGAUUUCGGUACAUCUGUCCAUGACAGCCAACAUGAGGGUCACCCUGAAGAAGGAUCAAAUGGGUCACUGGAAACAGGAAAUGACAUCACACUUACUGAUGAAAUGCGUGACAAAAUUAAGGAUCUGUAUCAGAAGUAUAAGGAUAAUCGUGAUUGUUGCCAACUAAUUGCCGGUGAGCUCGAUCCAAAUGGAGAAAUAUCAAGCACUCAAGUCUCCAAGAUCCUCAAACCGCUCGGAUUUAAAGUUCCAGCUGAGGCAAAGAUGAAGAGCUCUAAAGAAAAUUCAUCCAUGAGAAAACCUACGCACUCCAGAAAAAGAGUUCAGGCAUUUAGUGAGGAUCAGGAGCAGAAAAUCAAAGAAUUGUUUGAGCAGUUUAAAGAUAAUAGGAGGUGUAGCUACAUGAUUGCUAAUGCCCUUGAAGGCAAUGGGGGGUUCUCUGCAGCUCAGAUUUCGCGCAAACUCAAACAGCUUGGCCUCAUGAGGCCGAAAAAUAACAAGUCUCAAUCUAAAAUGAGUUUGAGAGAUGAACCUCUUAGCGACCAUCUUUCUGAAGGUGCAAGUGAAUAUGAGGAUGAAACAUUGUUAUCAAUGAAAAAUAGGAGUAAACAAAAGCGAAAUGGAAGCCAAUAUGAUGAGAGGCAUAGUAAGAAGGCCGCAAAGGAAUUGCCCGAGGACAUGUCUGAUGAUGAAUUACUUAGCUCCAUGUUGGUAAAAACAAAGAAAAGGCCCCGAAAGAGUGAGGAGCUCAUGACAGAUUCUUCUGAGAGGGGCAACUUUGCACAAUCCGAUGAGAUGACAGAUACAAUCCAACUGGACAAUGGAGUUUCUUACCAUUAUAGUGAUUCUGAAAUGGACACAACAGGACUUGAUAAUCUUAGAGACUCGAACAAAAAUUCAUCCGAGAAAGGCAAAAAUUCCGAGGAUCCAUUCUUAGAUGAUGGGAUUGAGGAUGAGUUGGCUGAUUUUGAUGAAAAUACGGUACACAUUACCACACAGGAUAAUCCCUCGUUGGUUCCGAGAAGACGAUUGAGGAUGGUACUUGACUUUGAGGAUGGUGAUGAUUGA